AUGACCACGUACGGCACAAUCCCGACCUCAUCAUCACCACCAACGAACCUCGAAUACAUCACACGCGCCAAAGAACGCAUCAAAGCCGGUCUCGGAACCCGCCGUCCAUGGAAACUCAUGUUCACUCUCCGCUCCUUCAACCUCCCUUCCGGUUUCCCCGACGCCGUCUCGCGCGUGAAGACAAACAUCGGCUUCUUCCAGAUGAACUACGCUAUCUUGAUCCUUAUCGUUCUCUUCCUCAGUCUCCUAUGGCAUCCAAUCUCGCUCAUCGUCUUCGUCGCUCUCAUGGCGGCAUGGCUCUUCCUCUACUUCCUCCGUGAUGAACCGAUUGUUCUCUUCGGAAAACUCGUCAGCGAUCAAAUCAUUCUCGUUCUGAUGCUGAUUCUCACCGUUGUUUUGCUUCUCUUCACCGGCGCGAUACUCAACAUCCUCAUCGCUGUUUUGAUCGGCGUUGUGGUGGUUUUGGUUCAUGCUGCUUUCAGAAAUACUCAUGAUCUGCUUCUUGAUCAAGAAGAAGGACUCUUGUUUUCUCCUCCUGGUGGUGCUCCUGUUUCUUGA